AAUGCGCUUCCGGAGGCGAAGAGGGAGCAGCGGCGUUGGCGGGUCUGCCACACGGGGGGAAGGAGCGGAGACGCCGAACGCCGCCCCGGAGAGCAGACCAGGCCUGGCUGGGAAGGGCCAGGAAGGAGCUUUCCCGCGCCGCCAGCCAGCUUCUCCUCUGGGCCAGACGCACCAGAGGCGAGCUCCGGCCAUGACAUCGAUACAUUUCCAUUUUCUUCUCUUGGUUGGAAUAUUAAAUUGCUUCAUACUGUAUGGAUUUGCCCAACAAAGUGGGAGCAUUUGUAUAAAUGCUAAUGCAAAAUCAUGUGCUGAUUGUAUACAAGCUGGCCCAAAUUGUGGAUGGUGUAAAAAUAUAACCUUUUUGCAAGAAGGAGAAUCUACGGCAGCACGAUGUGAUGACUUGGAGGCCUUAAAAAAUAAAGGCUGCCCUCCAGAAGAAAUUGAAAACCCCAGAGGCACACAUAUAUUGCUAAAAAACAAAGAAGUCACAAAUCGCAUCAAAGGGACUGCGGAAAGUCUUAGACCGGAAGAUAUUACCCAGAUUCAACCACAGCAAGUGAUGUUAAAGUUGCGGAAAGGGGAACCACAAACAUUCUCAUUAAAAUUCAAGAGAGCUGAAGAUUAUCCAAUUGAUCUUUAUUACCUCAUGGAUUUGUCCUACUCUAUGAAAGAUGACUUGGAAAAUGUCAAAAGUCUUGGAACUUCUCUGAUGAGUAAAAUGAAAAAUAUAACUUCAGAUUUUCGAAUUGGCUUUGGUUCUUUUGUUGAAAAAACAGUAAUGCCUUAUAUCAGUACCACACCUGCCAAACUCCUGAAUCCCUGCACAGGUGACCUUAACUGUACAAGUCCCUUUAGCUACAGGAAUGUACUCAACUUUACCAGCAAUGGGAACUCGUUCAAUACACUUGUAGGGGAACAGCAAAUCUCAGGCAAUUUGGAUUCUCCAGAAGGAGGAUUUGAUGCAAUAAUGCAGGUUGCUGUUUGUGGUUCAAGAAUUGGAUGGAGAAGAAAUGUCACUCGACUAUUGGUUUUUUCCACGGAUGCUGGGUUCCAUUUUGCUGGAGACGGGAAGCUUGGAGGAAUUGUUUUACCAAAUGAUGGACAAUGUCAUUUAGAAAAUAAUAUGUACACAAUGAGUCAUUACUAUGAUUAUCCCUCUAUUGCUCAUCUUGUUCAGAAGCUAAGUGACAAUAAUAUUCAGAUAAUAUUUGCUGUCACAGAGGAAUUUCAGCCAGUGUACAAGGAGCUGAAGAAUUUGAUUCCUAAAUCUGCAGUGGGAAUGCUGUCUUCAAACUCAAGUAAUGUGAUUCAGCUGAUCAUUGAUGCUUACAAUUCAUUGUCUUCAGAAGUUAUUUUGGAAAACAGUAAACUACCUAAGGAGAUAGCAAUAGAAUAUAAAUCUUUCUGUAAGAAUGGAGUGAAUGGAACAGGAGAUGAAGGAAGAAAAUGCUCUAACAUUUCAAUUGGUGAUGAGGUUAGGUUUGAGAUUACAAUAACAGCUAACCAAUGUCCAGAAAGGGAACAAAAUGAAACAAUUAAAAUCAAACCGCUUGGUUUCACUGAAGAAGUAGAGAUUAAUCUGGAGUUCAUUUGUGAAUGUGAUUGCCAUAAUGAAGGAAUUGAGGAUAGCUCUCUGUGCCAUUUUGGAAAUGGAACAUUUGAGUGUGGUGCUUGCAGGUGCAAACCUGGGCGUAUUGGAAAGCACUGUGAAUGCAGCAUGGAAGAAGUAAAUAGUGAAGACAUGUCAGGCACCUGUAGGCAGGCUAACAGUUCUGAAAUAUGUAGUAAGAAUGGCGAAUGUAUUUGUGGGCAGUGUGUGUGCAAAAAGCGAGAAAAUCCACAUGAAAUCUAUUCUGGCCCAUAUUGCCAGUGUGAUAACUUCAGCUGUGAUCGAUCUGAUGGUUUAAUUUGUGGAGGACACGGUGAAUGUAAAUGUCGUGAAUGUGAAUGCUGGGCAAACUACACUGGCUCUGCUUGUGAGUGCCCCCUAGAUACGACUCCUUGUGAAGCUGCAAAUGGGCAAAUCUGCAAUGGUAGAGGAAUAUGUGAAUGUGGAGAAUGCAACUGUACCGAUUCCAAAUUUCAGGGACCAACAUGUGAGCUAUGUCAGACUUGUCUUGGCGUCUGUGCAGAGCACAAAGAUUGUGUCCAGUGCAAAGCCUUUAACAAAGGAGAAAAGAAAGAACAGUGUGAAAAAGAAUGUUCACACUUUAGUUUGGAGUUGGUAGAUCGUAGAGAAAAGUUGCCACAGCCUGGAGAGUAUGAUGCAUUGACUCACUGCAAGGAAAAGGAUAUUGAUGACUGUUGGUUUUAUUUCACAUAUUCUGUUGAUUCAAAUAACAAGGCCAUUGUCCAUGUGGUGAAGACGCCAGAAUGCCCAACUGGUCCUGACAUCAUUCCUAUCGUUGCUGGUGUUGUUGCUGGAAUUGUUCUUAUUGGUCUAGCUUUAUUGCUGAUUUGGAAGUUACUUAUGAUCAUUCAUGAUAGAAGAGAAUUUGCAAAAUUUGAAAAAGAAAAGAUGAAUGCAAAAUGGGAUACUGGUGAAAAUCCUAUAUACAAAAGUGCCGUGACAACUGUAGUGAAUCCUAAGUAUGAGGGGAAAUGAAAACUGCUUUAUGAUUUCACAGCACUGGGUGUGAUAUAAUAGUUUUGUACUCAUUGUGUAGCUUUUGGCAAUUUGCAAUGGAUUUACUAGUUCUUUACUUACCUACACAGAUGUUUCCUAUGCAAUUUUUUUAAAUGUACAGUAUUUUUAUUUUUGAAGUUUUUUUUCUUUGUUUUUGCAAACAAACAGUGCCAGAAGAUUCACAAAAUACUUGAGAUUGCAUAUCCUAAUCAAUAAGAUUAUAGCUUACUCAAGGUGCUUUUUUAUGUACCCUGGCUUUUGUAUGGAAUGAAAUGCUUAAUAAACAACUUGCCUAUACAUAAGUAUUAUAAUUAGAACAGUUUUUAGCCUUAUAGAUGUAUCAAGGUUUGGCUUGCACAAAUAGUGCAAACCUAAUACUUACUAAUAAACUAUAAAAAUUAGUUUAUAAAUAAUGUGAGACAAUUUCCAACUUUCUGUAUUCAGUAAUGUAGAAACCAUGAUGUAACUUUAAUUUCAAGUUUCAUGUGUGACAUACAUUUUAAAUUAUCACUAUGUAUGUAUAAGAAUAAAAAGAAAAAAUAGAUCCAAAAUAAAGAGCUUUAAUAUUAUUAAUACAGGCAUGGUAAUAAUAACUCCUGUGUGUAAAUUCAGUUUCCAAUUUUAGUUCUGACAAAUACACUGCUAAGACUUCCUUUUAAAUCAGCUGCCCUUAUCUGAUGCUGUCCCAAGACGCUGGACUUUUUGAAAAUUGGUCAUAUUUGAAAUUGAAAGUCCAGCAUAUACAGGGCACAGAAUAGGAGCAAGUUGUUCUUAGCGCCUUAAUUCCUUAGGUUUCUUUUUAAAUUUCUUGCUUGGUUUAAAGCCUGGUGCUUUAGUAACUUUAAUGUACUUGAUUUCUUUCUAUGUAAGAUAAUUAUUAAACCAGCUUAUUUUUGCAAUCUUGGUUGUAAUUUAUCCUAUAUCUAAAAUUGCAUGAUUCUGAAUCAGGAGUUACUGUGGCUUGUAUAUUUGCUGCUGGCUAUUCUGUUAUCUAUUCAGUAGUAGCCACAUUCAUAUUUUAAGUGCCUUUUAUUUUAACAAACGUUCACUUUUUACAAUGUUACCAUGGAAAUUAUUUAUUAAAUUUAAUAAAAUCCUUUAAAAAUUU